CGUCACGUGACUGAUUCUGUGUGGCAGCAUUUUUUUGUUAGUCGAGAUCCGUAGCAAACGAAGUAAGACGUUGAAUCAAGAAUCUCUGAGAUGCAGUGCAAUCCGCUUAAUUUUAUUCUUUGGUUACUCAUUUUAAUUAUAAUAUCUUUCUUCGUUGCCGGUUUUUGUGCUGGAUGGUAUAUUCUUAUAUAUUGCCUGAGCGCCUGUAUCAAUGGGCUUGAUGAUAUCGUGGGUAUUCUUUUGAAAGGAGUACAAUUUCCACAUUAUUGUGCAAAGCAAAUGCUGAGCUAAAGACGACAAUGAACAUAGAAAUUAAGGCGUUCGUCGGGAGUGUAGAGAAUUUUGAGAAAAAAGUGAGGGAAUUGAGCAAGAGUGACGUCAUUGUUAUCAAGCAGCAUGAUAUCUUUUUUAUCGUACCAAAUGGCAGGUUAAAGUUACGGUUAUUUGAAGAUGGCUUUGGAGAACUUAUAUAUUAUGAACGCCCCGAUACGGAUGGACCGAAAGUUUCUUCAUAUAAAAAGACAUCGUUGAACGUAGAAGCUGCUCAAGGAAUAAAGGAAGUCCUCUCUGUGGCUAAUGGUGUUCUAGGAAAUGUUAUUAAAACAAGACACUUGUAUAUGAUCGGACAAACUCGUGUUCACGUCGACAGAGUUGACGGUUUAGGAGAUUUCAUGGAACUGGAGGUGGUAUUGCGCGACAAUCAAAACGUUAGUGAAGGAGAAGAAAUAGCUAAUGAUUUAAUGAAGAAACUGGACGUUAAAAAAGAAAAUUUAAUAUCAGGGGCAUAUUUGGAUUUGCUUAUAAGAAAGAAGUCAUAAUGGGAUUUAUAUAUAUAAUAUAUAAUAUAUUGAUAUAUAUUGAUAUAUAUGAUAAUAUAUAAUAUAUUGAUAUAUAUUAAUAUAUAUGGAUUGAUAUAUAUAAUAUUAUAAAAAUACAUUAAAAAAAAAGAAUACAUUGCAUUUAUAAAAUAAGAGAAAAAUAAUGUUACUUAAAUCUAGUAUAACAUGUCUUGGGCAUAAGAGCAUUUGUCUGGAAUUAAAAUGAAUCCUGCUGACUGAUAAUCCUGCUCUGUUCCACUUAUGGUUAGUAUUGCUUUACAUACCUAAGAAGUUGCACCUGUAGCAGCUUGUAGAGAAGUCAGAUAAGAUGCAGUUGUCGUUAAGAACUUUAAGCGAUAUACAGUGUUAUUUUCAUUUAUUUGUUAUCAAAUUUCAUUUAUUCUAUACAUUACCUUCAUAUAGUUCUCCAAAUGUAAAGAACUGAUUCGUCCAACUGUUAAUCUCGGAACAUGCAUGCUGCGCAUUAAUAUAAAUAAAAUAUCUUUACGCUGA